UCUCAUUUUGAAAGCGCCUUGAAAAGUUCUGAAAAGUCAUUUCGCAAAUACCAAAUCAGUGUUGUUCUAUCGUUUUAGAAAUGGUGACCAAAUUUGAAUCGUCUUGAUCGUGUGCAGCUGAUACCUAGUUGAAAAGUAUUCUUGUAUGCAAGGUGAGAAUUAAAGCGUCAUAUCAUAGACAUAUCUUUUAUGUAUGUUUGGAAAGGAAUUUUCGUGCCUAAGAAGUGUUUCAAAUUUUCUGGAUAAGCCAUGGAUGACCAACGGAGUGAUUCAUCGGGACCAUUCAGCAUUUUAGCCAAGAAGUAUCGAAAAAGAAGCGCAAAGCAACACAGCAAGAAACUGCGAGAUCUGCUUGGAGAGAAUGCACAAGUUGAGAGCGACUCUGAUGCCUCAAAAUGCAGUGAAUCUUCAAGCAGGCAAAACGAGGACGAAUAUUUAUCAGAGGCACGGAAAUCAAGCGUUGCUUCGUCUACGUUGAGCACUAAAUCGGAAAAUAAUUUAUACGACAAAGCAACAACCACAAACAAAAGCAAGGAAUUCCAUGUAAAAGAUAUUGAAUUGAAACAAAACAGCGAUCCUGGGAUUGUUGCUGAAGAAUGCGAUGGAAUGAAAGAACUGACCAAAGGAAUUGAGGGUAUGAAUAACGAAGAGAAAAAAGACAAUAAAAUCAAUGAUGUGAUUACAGAAAGCGGCAAGCUAUUUAAUAAUCGUGGUGAAGCGGACAUUGAAUGCAAUCUCGAGAGGGAAACGAGCAGCCAGAGCUGUAACGCGAGCAGCAGUAGCCCGACUGCCAGCGUAAACGAGAAGAGAGGCAGCAACAAAGUGAAACGAAAAUACAACUUGUUUUAUCACGAGAUGGAAGAGCUGGGUACAGACAGUGGCCUUGAUGAACAGGGAGCACCGUCGCAUGACGAGCAAAACAAUGAUGUAAAAAAGGCUAUUGAUCAAGACGGGAACACUCCCAGUGAUAAAGCACCGAGCGAUGGGUUGCUUAGCAGCUUUCGUCAGAACCAAAUGAGUGGCAAAACUAAAAAGCGUCAUUUCUCUUCGAAUGGGUCAGAUCUUGAUCGCAAGAUGGGAUCACCGAUUUCUUCGCGUUCAAGUUCUAUGCGGUCAUACUCCAGCUCCGUACCUGCAUCGGUAGACUCGGGUUUGCGGAUGGGAUACCAGGAGCCUCACUCGUCUGUCGUUGUCGUUGCAAUUGAUUUCGGAACCACUUUCAGCGGCUAUGCAUUCGCUUUUACUCGUGAUCCAGAGAGCAUCCAUAUGAUGAGAAAAUGGGACGGGGGCGACCCAGGUGUGAACAAUCAAAAAAUUCCCACUACUUUGCUGCUUAAACCUGAUGGCUCAUUUCACUCAUUUGGCUAUGGGGCAAGGGACUUCUAUCAUGACCUAGAACAGUCAGAAGCAAAGAAGUGGCUCUAUUUCGAAAAAUUCAAAAUGUCCUUGCAUUCUUCUGAGGAUCUGAAUCCGGCCGUUUUGAUAAAUGCAGCCAACGGAAAACCGUUUCCAGCCUGGAAGGUUUUUGCACAUGCGUUACGAUUCUUCAAAGAACACGUUCUGUCAGAAUUGUCCGAUCAAUCAACGGCGAGAAUUCUUGAAGAGGAUAUAACAUGGGUUCUGACUGUACCCGCAAUCUGGAGACAGCCUGCAAAGCAAUUCAUGAGGACGGCUGCACAUGAGGCUGGAAUUGCAUCAUGGGAUUGUCCUGAAAGGCUUCUCAUCGCUUUGGAGCCUGAAGCUGCAUCGAUAUUCUGCCGAAAAUUGCGUAUAAGAGAUUGCAUAAUUGAAGAUGACGUACGACAAAGAUCACAAGACGAUUCCCUGAUUUCUGAAGAUUUUAUUGGGGCAACUCAAUACGUUGUGGUGGACUGUGGAGGAGGAACUGUCGACCUGACUGUUCACGAACUUGAUGUAAACACGGGCACUUUGAAGGAGCUUCACAGGGGCACUGGUGGAGCGUGUGGGGCAAUUGGCAUUGACGCAGAAUUUGAAAAGUUAAUGAAACGAAUUUUCGAAGCUGAUUUCAUCGAGAGGUUCAAAGCAAAACGUCCAGCCGGGUGGGUUGACUUGAUAAUUGCAUUUGAGUCGAAGAAGCGCACUGCCCGGCCUGGCAGCAACACGGCAUUGAAUAUUUCAUUACCUUACUCGUUUAUUGAUUACUACAAGAAAAAGAAAAGAUCCACCGUUGAGAGUGCGAUAAAGAAAUUAAAAAAUGCAGAUAUAAAGUGGUCUUCUCAAGGCAUGUUGCGUAUUGCACCGGCGAUAAUGGAAGGCUUGUUCAAACCUGUGGUUAACCAAAUCAUUUCCCAUGUUCGAAAUUUGCUGGAAAAGCAGGAGCUUGUAAAUAUUAGGCAUCUAUUUUUGGUGGGUGGUUUUGCGGAGUCUCCGCUACUGAAACAAGCUGUCAGAGAUGAGUUUAGUGAACGUGUGCGAGUUGUAAUCCCUCAUGAUGUAGGAUUGACUAUACUUAAAGGUGCUGUUCAGUUUGGCCUUGAUCCAACCGUGGUGAGAGUGCGCCGAUCAGCCCUGACCUACGGAGUCGGUGUUCUGAAUAAAUUCAAUCCCGAUAAACAUGAUCAAUCGAAAAAGGUUGUUAAGGAUGGAGUGGUUUGGUGCAAGGAUAUUCUAGAUACUUUUGUCUGUAUCGAUGAUUCGGUGGGUCUUGGAGAUGCAGUGACGCGCAGUUAUGCCCCAGCUCGUAUCGGCCAGAAAUCAACUGUUAUUAAUAUAUAUUGCAGUGAGAGGAAAGAUAACUUAUAUACAACUGGAAAGGGCGUGAAAAAAUGCGGCCAGUUGAGAAUUGAAAUGCCCGAAUUAACAAUUGAAGAUGUACCAGAGGAAAAACGAAAUAAACCUAGGGAGUUGCAGGCGACAAUGCUAUUUGGAGACACUGAGUUAAAAGUGACGGCACUUGAUGUUUUAACGGGGAAAACGGCAAAAGCUGCAAUAGAUUUUCUGAAUUAUUAGCUAUUAUACCUGCGAAUCAAAAAAAGCCUUCGAAGAAUAUAUUAUUUUCAAAACGAACUUUUUAGAAUGUAUUUUACUUAUCAGAUAUGUAUUGGAAAGCAUACUUAUGAAUUAUCAAAAUUAAUUUGUGAAAAUGAUAAAUUUAUUACUGCCCCCUGUACGUAUG